UAGACCAAGUUAAAGCAUUGUUGAGUAGAACUCACGUUUUUGAAUUUCCUUACUAAACAAUACUGAGAUAUACAUAAUAAGAUUUGUCAUAAGAUCCAAGCGCAAAAGGAAUGCAUAUUUUGGAAUAUCAUUUCUUGUAAAUCAUUUUUCUAUUUUCUUUCUUGCGUUAAAGUGCAAGGCCAUUUUAGAACAGCCAAGCAAAUAGAUUGGCGCAUGACAUGAUUUUUAGAAUCAAUCUUCGCUGAUCUUCGCGCCUGUGCGGUAAGGGUAAUUAUGUUCCUUGCACGUUCUUUGGAACGUGAUUGCUCUUCUACUGAGAUUGAGGUAAAUUUGGAGGAGAUAGUAUUUUAUCGUUACUUCGCGGAUAUCCGUAGCUGUUAUUGAACCAUGCUCUAUAGUGUUUAAAAUUGAAUACUUAAGGUAGUUAAUAUUAUCAAGUUUUAUCUGGUGCACAGUGACAGAUUUGUUAGAACAAUUAAAUCAACGUAGAAUAGCAACUUACCAUGCAGCUUAUCGAGACCUUUUGCGACCUCGGUAUUACAGCAAUAGCUAAUCUUCAAACUACUAUUCUUCAUUUUCAGAUUCCUUGAUGGAGAAAAGUUUUUUCUACCCAUUUCGAGAGCAGGUGAUCCAGAUUAUGCUUUUUCUGUAAUAUUUCCACUACUUGCUAUAAUCAGUACCAAACUCUCAUCUGAAGUACUGGCAGUAUCGCUAGUGGCAGAGUGGUUAAAUACGUUACUUAAAUGGAUACUUAUGGAGCACAGACCUUACUGGUGGGUGAAGGAAAGAGAAUUAUUAGUCGAACAUGCAUACCCAGUGUUACAGCAAACCCGAUUAUCAUGCGAGACAGGUCCUGGAUCACCAUCGGGUCAUGUAAUGGGUUCAACUGCUGUACUCUUUGCUAUUGUAGCUUCGCUCGAUGAGAUUCUAAGUAAAAGUCGUAAAAUAAGUCAUCGAACAAAAGCAGCUGGGAAAUAUAUAUUAUGGAUUUUGUUUGGAGCAAGUCUCAUCUUGAUUGCAAUGUCAAGGCUAUACACAGCAACACACUUUCCUCAUCAAUGUUUCCUUGGAUUUUUAGGAGGAUUGUAUGUAGCAAAGUCCUUACUAUUAGAUACUAAGAUGUCGACAUGGUGGAGAAAUUCUAAAAGGCCAAAGGUGCUUCUAGCAGCUUUAGGAAUGACAAUGAUUUCAUUCGGAGCAUAUUGGCUCCAAAAGGGUUUAGGUAUUGAUCCACAAUGGAGCGUUAAGCUUGCAUUCAAAUGGUGCAGCAAGCCAGAUUGGAUUCAUGUCAACACAACUCCACUCUUCUCAUUGGUCAGAGAUUGUGGUGCUGCGUUUGGUAUAGCUCUUAUUUCUCCAGUAUCAAUGCGGUACACAUCUUUAGGAACGUCAAGUUGCAUCGUGAAGGGAGUAUUGAUAGGCGGCGUUAUGGUAGCCAUGCAUCUUGCCCAAGCAGCAAUUCCGAUAGGUCACGUAUUGACCUUCUACCUCUGUCAAUUUAUGCUAUACGCAGUACAACCAUACAUCUAUUUAGUGAUCGUACCAUUUCUAGCGACGCAACAGAAAGUCACAAAUAAAUCCGAUUGACUCUCAGUAUCUAUUAGUAGAUUAGGAAUAAUUCAUUAGUCAAAUGAUUCUUGGUUGCCCCUUAUAUAAAAAGAUAUAAAUACCGAUAGAUUAAUUUUGUAGAAAACGAGGCUAAUGCACAAAUCCCUAAGACAUAAACAUAAACUAAACUAGGAGAUAAUGACCUACCUCUUCCACAAGGAAUGAGAAUUCAGCAAGUGCAUCAUACUCUCUAAAAGAUGCUGAUUGUGUAGAUAGUCAGAAAGCUAUAAAGAAUAUAAUAAGCAAUUUAAUGUUUAUGAUUUAUUAUUAAUAAUAAUAAUUGUUUGUGCAAAAUAUACUAACAUUAAAUUAUUAUCUCAGAUAGUAAAA